UGGUCGUGUUCCUGUAUUUGGUCGUAUCUCCAUAUUUGGUCGUAUUCCUGUGUUCAAACUCAGGUCCACCCAGACAUCAGCCUUAUAAACCUGCUUCCAUCAGAACUGCUCUCACACUCAUACUUGCUUCUCUACCUGAACUCAUUCACAUACAGAGCAUCAUGUCCGACUCCUGCAGAACUGAGGACGAUGCAAGGGCCGCAUUUCAGACCUGCACACAUUUUGAUGCAAAAGACCGAGUUCAGUUCUUCGACAGCUGGGCAGAAAACUAUGAAACGGAUGUCACCCUGCUGAGCUACAGAGCACCAUACCUGGCAGUAGACUUCCUGUCUGAUAACUUCUCCGGGAGUCCAGAAGAAGCUCGGGUUCUGGACGUCGCCUGUGGGUCGGGAUGGGUCGCUAAACUGAUGGUUGAACUGGGCUUCAGGCACUUUGUGGGAGUGGACGGCAGUAAAGGCAUGCUGGAACAAGCUGCUAAGACCAGCCUCUAUCAGGACCUCAAACUGGCCUUACUGGGUACAGAACCACUGCCUGCACAGACUGGUAUGUUUGAUGUGGUGAUCAUCGUCGGUGCUCUGGGUCCUGGUUAUGUACCGGUCAGUGUUGUCAGGGAGCUCUGCGACGCCGCCAAACCAGGAGGUUUUGUCUGCAUAUCGAGAUGCGGCCACAGAUCAACUCCAGGAAAUGAAUACAAGAAGGAUCUGGAGAGAGAGCUACAGCUGAUGGAGGAGGAGGGACUGUGGAGUCCAGUAGGACUCAAACAGACUGACAGAUACAUGGAAAACCCACGUCUGAGCCCUGACAGAGUCAAGAGCCUGCAGAAGGAGGAGCGAUACCUCAGCGGGAGUGUUUAUCUGUUCAGGAAAUCCAUCCAUUAAAAUCUAUUAAUAAUCAUACUUACGUUACAGAAGUGAUUCAACAUUCAACAGAAAAUAAAGGAAAAUUGACUCACAUAAAAUGUGGAUUAUUCAUGAUGAUUGUGAGGCUGUCAAAACAUUAAUUGAAAGAAGUUUAAAUUAAGUGUGAGUGUGGGAAAUGAAACCCUGAUGAGUUAACUGUGAAUCCCUGGUCGUCUACUAAGAACAUGUGCCAACCAGCUAGUUGAUCAUCACUGACUGUAACAGGAGUGUGACAAGAGUGUUCCCACCUGCUUCAACACAGCCACCAUUGUCCCUAUACGAAGGAAGUCACCCCCAUUCUGAUGAAGUGCUUUGAGAAACGGGUUCUCCAGCUCAUCUAAAACAACAUCCCAGCCAGCCAGGUGUCACCAGGACUUUCUAGUCUCUUUGUUGGUUUACCUGGUCUGGCUCUCUGUCCCUGUCUCCAGCUCCUGCUCACUUCUGUCAGGUCAUGCACCCUCCUCUCACUCCCUGGACCUGCCGUCCUUUAACCAUCCACCAGAUUCCAUCAGACUCUCUCUCCUGACAUCUCCACCCACCUGCACACCUGUUGCCAUUUCCCUCAUCAGCUCUGCCAGGUCUUCCCCGCCCACAUCCUCACCUGCAUCUCAUUCACUCCUCAGCCACAUUCCACAUACAGUAUAUA